AAUAAAAUUUUCGUAUCACAUUUAGUCGAAGUAUGCGAAAUUUUGUUGGCAAAAAACAGUUGAUUCACCCAAAUAGUAAGUUAACAAGCCUCUUCUACAAUGAAUAACUCUUUGUCAAUACCUACACAAGGGUCUCGGACUCCUAUCAGUGUCAUUCAGACAGUCGCACUGCCACUGUUUACAGUUAGCUCGUUUGAUAGUCAAUCAAAUAAUAAUUAGCUAUCAAUUACCUACUUCAUGUAUUUGUAGACAGUAUUAGACAGUGACGAUUUUCGGUGCCAUAUGAAGACGAUACAAUGGAUAAUACAGCAAAAGCGGCCGUACUACUGACGCUGCUGAUCGCCACAGGCCCCCUCGUAGCCAGCGACUGCAACAUCCACGAGGUAGGCGACGACUCGCCCUGCGGCGGCCGCCUGCUCUGCACGCGCGACCUCAGCGACGCCGUCAGUCUCAUCGUGCAGAUGCCCUGCGUCUACUUGUACAACGACUACUCGGACGAACACAUCCUACACCAAAACUUCACCAUCUCCAUUCACGCAACAGAUUUCGACUUCACCGCCAAUGACUCCGCAGUCAUAAACAACCUAAAAGACCACAUCAACGCGAUCUCAAUAACGGACGGAAAAAUCAAGAAGUUCCCAGACGCUGUUCUAAAUCUGCGACAAGCGACGAUCGUGGAUCUCUCUAAAAACAAUAUUGACUCUCUAAAUCUAGCGGCUUUCGCAAAACCGAGCGUGAUAAACGUCCUUAAUAUGUCCUAUAAUAAUAUAGAACGCUUAGACGCCCAGAUAGGUUGGCCUAGCUUUUGGCAGCUACCUGUUACCACGAUCGAUUUUAGCCAUAAUAAUAUCCAAGGUGUGCUCCAGAACAACAUCGCACCAUAUGUUACAUUGAGACAUUUGAAUUUAUCUUACAAUUACAUAGAAUCAUUGAGUAAAUUCACGUUUGGUAAUCUGACAGGAUUGCUGACGUUAGAUAUCUCAAAUAACAAAAUUUUCAAGCUUGACUCUUCUUUAGAUGGUCUAGUAAGUUUACAGGAAUUGUAUUUAGAUCACAACGAUUUGACACAUUUGAGUAAGGAUAAUUUUCGUAGCUUGUUCGCUUUACAAUAUCUCAAUAUCAGUUCAAAUAGUUUGAAAAGUAUUGAAAGCUCUUCGUUCAUCGCGUUAUCGUCUCUAAAGCAACUGGAUUUAAGUAACAAUAUGAUUACAGCUAUAUUGAAAUCAACGUUUCAGAAUAACAGUGUUCUGUAUUCACUCGAUGUGUCAUUUAACAAAAUCUCUAAAAUAGAGUCGGGAGCCUUUGCAGGCGCGCAUAUCACUGAUUUGAAACUUCAUAACAACACGUUAGCAGGCUAUUUAGACACUGACGCAUUUAACGGUCUUUAUUUUGAAAAGUUGGACCUCAGCGACGCAGACAUAGGAGAGUUAGGCCCGGACCUAUUCGGACCUCAUCCUACAUUUCGAACGCUUGAUUUCAGUAAUAAUUGUAUAUCCAAAAUAAGUAAAACCACCUUUAGAAACCUCGACUAUUUACAAGAACUCGACCUAUCACAUAACAAGUUACGAAGCAUAGAUUUUGAUACAACAGGUCUAAAGAACUUGAGCCAUUUUUACAUCAAAAAUAACGAUAUAAAGCAAAUCCGAAGGGAUGCUUUUGAACCUCUCACGAAGUUACAAAUGGUUGACCUGUCGAAUAACUCCAUCGAAAAUAUACAAAUUCAAUCAUUCAAUAAUUUAAAAAUCCUUCACACAUUAAAUUUACAAAAUAAUCCUAUCUCUGAUAUCCCUCGACAGACUUUUAGUGGAUUGUCCUCCUGUUACGAUUUAGAUCUCUCGGGAUCUAAAAUCAAAACCCUUCGAAACAACUCUUUCAACGGAAUGGUAUCAUUGAAUAAACUCAAUCUAUCCCACAGUGACAUAAAACUAUUAGAGUUUAACGUUUUCAAUGGGACUAAGGCAAUAGAGUUUUUAGACUUGUCGUUCAACCAAAUUGAAUCAUUUUCUAUAAAUAGCAUACAUUUAAAGUUGACAUGGAUAUAUUUAUCUUACAAUGUAAUCACAUCUAUAAGCGACAUAUAUUUCCAAAAACAACGUAGCAUCAAUUUAAUUGAUAUGAGUCAUAAUAAAAUAUCAUACAUUCAACCAGGUUCAUUUAUGGACUGCGAAAAUCUUUACAAUUUAAAUUUAAACCACAAUUAUUUGUCAUUCCUUCAAUUUGGCGUAUUCGAAGGCUUGAGUCGCGUAGGUAUAAUUAACCUAUCAAAUAACAGAUUCCACAGAUUUGAUGGAAAGUUAUUUUACGAGUUACCAAAUUUGCAAGUCAUUUAUCUAGACAACAAUUUCAUAGACAAGAUUAAUCUUACUGAAUUCUCAUUAUCUAGAAGCACAGCGACCACUUUAUCUAUAGGAGGCAACCCGCUAAUAUGUGAUAUUUUGCUGAAAUUUAUACAUGACGGAACUGAGCUCUUCUUAAGGGCGGAAUCUCCAAAUUAUGAGACAGAAAAUGUAAAUGGAAUAACAUGUAAGAGUCAGACUGAGAUGAACAAUAGCACUCAAGAUAAUGAUAAUAAAAAAAUGUUCUCGGGAAAUGAAAAAUUAGAGAAACUCCUCAAUGUCACGAACCAAUAUUUGGCCACGAUUUUUGGGACACUUAUUUGCGCAAUGCUCGCAGUGAUAUGUGUUUCUGUUUACUUUAAAUUUAGAAAUAAACUAAUGCGUAGUCGCGUAGUUUCAUCCAGUAGAGAAGUAUUGUCGAAUGCUAUGGAAUUAGAGAGUAAUGAAGAUUAGUAACAUGAAGUAGGGGAUAUACAAAUAUUGUAUAUCUUGUGUUUAAUCUUGUAUUAUGAAUAUUUAACAAAUUCUAUUGCAAUUACAAUGAAUUAACAGUUACAAAAUAGUUACAAGAUAAAUUGUGAUACAUAUAAACAGGCAAACGAAAUUGUCUAUAAAUAUGCCGAACGAUUUUUAUGAAAACCCUUGCAAGACCUUAAUGAAUAAACAUAGGCUUUUACAUGAAAGUUUUAUAAAUAUUAUAGUUUUAAGUUAUAUAAAAUAAAUGUAGGUAUCCCUUU